GUCACCGAAUCACAGCCGCCAACCGCAUUUGUCGUGAUGCUCCUGCAUCUCGAUUACGGCAAUGGUUUCUUUCUCCCCAAAGAGGCCGUCCAGAAUGGCCUCUCGAGGCCUGCGGCCGGCGUGCAAGUCCCGACGCAAUGGUCGGGUCGCCAUAACGGGCCUGCGGCGGAGCGCAGCAUGCUACCAAUUUCCUCCACUAAUCAACGUCCAUGAUUCACAAGGCUGCCUUUCCAACUCGACGGAUAAUCAAGAGAAGCUUCUUCCAGUUUG